GUUUGUGACUUAUGCUGUAUAACAAACAAAAGCAAGGACGAAAAAAAGAGUUCUGUGUUUUACCCAAAAGAUACUGUGAGGUGUGUGUGUGCGCGUGUGUGUGUGUGUGUGUGUGUGUGUGUGUGUGUGUGUGUGUGUUUCUUGCUGUAAGUGGUGGGUGGUACCACAACACUUCUCUGGAUUCACUGUGACACCUGCUUUCAAAGUCACCACCGUAUGGACAGGGAGGAUUAGAAAAACUGAAAUGCAGUGCACGAAAACCAAGAACAAAGAGCGGCCAUCAUUACACUUUCAAAAGGACCACGACGCCGAAAGAGGAAACAGAUGACACCACAAUCUCCACUGGGGCUAAUACCUUGGAAAACUACUGCUAACACCAGAUCGCCACAACAGUGCAAUAAAUAAUAUGGACACAACGAUGUACGUGGAUAAUAUCGUCUUUCCUGCUCAAAUAAAUGACUCAAAUGCAGUCAUCUCUGAUUUCCUGCUGGCAGAAAAUCCUCAGCGUUACAUUAUCAGCCUCUUCCUCUCCAGCCUCUACAUUAUAUUCCUGUUCCCUGUUGGCUUCAUCGGGAACAUCCUCAUCUUAGUGGUCAACCUGUACGACAGGGGCCGCCUCUCAGCCCCGGACCUCUACUUUGUGAACCUGGCCGUGGCCGACCUGCUCCUCGUUGCUGACUCUCUGAUCGAGGUGUUCAACCUGAAGCGGGGCUACUACGACCGGCCGGGCCUCUGCACCUUUAUGAACCUCUUCCAGCAGGGCAACAUGUACAGCAGCGUCUUCUUCCUCACCUGGAUGAGCUUUGACCGCUUUGUCGCUCUGACCGGCUCCAUGGGUCACAGCAUGCCUCAUCCCCGCCUCAGCUGCUGCCUCAUCUGGGUCUCCUCCUCUCUGCUCACCGUGCUUCCUUUUGCCAUAGCUCAAAGGCAGCAUGCAGGAGAACUCCACUUCUGCUUUGCAAAUGUAUCGCAGAUUCAGUGGCUGGAGGUGAUGCUGGGUUUCCUGCUUCCUUUCUGCAUCUUGGGUCUGUGCUACUGGAGAAUAGCACAGGUGCUCGGGCAGAGUCAGAAGGUGCAGGGCGGCCCCCAGCCGAGGCCUCGCAGGCAGAAAGCUCUGAGGAUGAUCUCAGCAGCCGUGUUGGUGUUCUUCCUCUGCUGGCUCCCGGAGAACGUGUUUGUUAGUGUUCAACUUCUGAGAGGGGGAGCAGACGGCGGCACGCUGUGGCAGGACUACCCUCUGACUGGUCACGCUGUCAGACUCGCUGCGUUUUCUAACAGCUGCCUGAACCCGCUCAUCUACAACUUCCUCGGGGAGACAUUUCGGGAUAAACUGAGGAGAAGAUUCACGCUACGCAGGUCAGCCUCAAGAAAAUCUCUCCGUGCGGCCACGCAACCUGCUGCAGCAGAGUUUCCGUUAGAAUUUGUUUUUGUCGGUCAACAUGUCCGUUAACGUUGAAAUCUUCCGGACAAAA